UCCGCGUACGGGUCUAAUUUAAACACACGUUGGCCCUUAUUGUUUUUCAUUUUCGUUCACAUUUACUUUUUUUCCGUGUAUUUAUAUCGAAUCAUUCUGUUUAAUACUUUGGUUAAGUUGCUGAUAACCUCUUACACUGAAUUGGAUCCGUGAAAAUUGCCCAUUGUGGAGGGCGAUAAAAGGCGAACGAGGCAUCGUCAUGUCACUGCAGCACCGAUUAGAGUUCAGGUAACCGGAAAUGGGAACGUGACAAAGAUUGAAUUGGAGCUAGAAGAGGCUCCGAAUGGAAGGGAAGACAAGCUUCCCACCAUUCUCGUUGGUUCAAUGUCGUCGGAAUUGGAUUCUACAGCUGAAAUAAAUUCCACUUAUCCAGGACGUUUUCCGCGACCUGGUGGGAUCGUUGUGCGAGCAGAAGAAGCAUUUAUUGUUAUCUUUGUUCUGCUACUUUGGGUUGCUGCCAUUGCUCUUUUUUUCAAUCGUUGGGGUAAGAUUCGGAUGUUGGAACCCUAUCAGCCAAAAUUCCAACAACAGCAUCGUAGUAGCUGUGCAAUUGUUGAUUCAACGCCGUUACGCACGUGUUCAAAAAUUAACAUCCCAUGUGCUGAUCACUUGCAAUACCAAGCAAUCGGUCGUCCACGUCAAAAUAGCGUCUUCCUGGAUUCAGGUGCUUCGCUAUUAGCUCAUGAUGGAAACUUUCCACGGCGUACCAAGAGUGCAUUUGAUCUUCAAUCAUUGGUCCAAGCUGAAAACACAACUCAAGAGCCAGCACGAGUUGAAGAAGAGGAAAUAGAAGAGGAUCAACCGGUGAUGAAUCUCAAGUCAUUCAACGAUUACCCCAAGCUCUCGAGGUCAUUUCAACGGGAACGAGGAAUGAGUAUCUGUCAGUUUGAUAGAACUGAUGUACUUGUUAAACCACUGCAACGUGAAAGGGGUAUGAGCAUUUGCCACUUUGAUAGAAUGGAUGUUCUUGCUUACCCUUUACAGAGAGACAAAGGAAUGAGCAUUUGUCACUUCGAUCGAAUGGAUGUUCUUUCACGGCCACUUUGUCGUGGUAGUCGUUCCAACAUCUUCACCAAUGCUGAAAAACUUGAAGCAUUGGGCAGAUCUACGUACCAUCGUGAUAGUCGAACAAGCAUUGGAAAUGCUGAAGGUUCUUUGAAAUUUCUUCAUCAACGAGCCAAGGAAUUCCGGCCAACUCUCACCAAUUCCGAUAGAACUGAAUCUGUGCGGCGAAAUUCCGCAACAAUGCGAGAACGUCCUAGUAUAUCACCCUGCGAUCGACCCUCUUGCAGUAAAACACCCGAUGGUGUGCUUGGCUAUAAAGCGACUUGCGUGUAAUUUGUCUGGUGAUUUUUCUUGCGCACCACUGGUCUCUUCCUGCUGUAUUUUUUAUGACAGCAUGAGUGUGUUUAACGACUGAGUAGUGGCCAAAAUUUUUUAUGCUGAAAAAUUCAUUAUUUUUAUCUUCAGGAUAUUUAUUAUAACAACUAUUUAAUUUUUUUUUAAUAAGAAAGCUGGUGGUGUUAAUUUAAUGAUUAAUGAUAUUGUUUUGAAUAAAGGGGAGAAAAAGGGUCAUUAUCAUUAUUUAUGAUGUUAAAGCUAUCAUGAUUGUUAGUGAUCUAGACAUGCAAUAUCUGCAUUUUAUUUCAUACUAAAUAAGUUAAAAAGCUAAAUAUAUUUUUUUAAUAAUAAGAAAUAAUAAAUGAUAAAUACUCAAAGUAUGUUUCCUUAUUUCUUGUAAUUAAUUUUCAACAUCAUUUUAAAUCAUGUUUUUAUUCAAAUAUCAUUUUUAAUUGAAAUAUCUUCUCACACUAAUAUUUUAAAUAAAUAUAAAGAAAGUUAAUAAUUGAAAUUUUGUAUCAAUAUGUAUCAGAAAAGGGUAUAAUUAUUUCUUGUCGAUGAAAAUAGUUAAGUUAAAGAAAAUAAUUCUUGAAAUCUAUUUUUAUACGGCCGAGAAAUAUUUUUAUGAGCCCUCGGUUGAUAAAAAUAUUUAAAUGGUAAAAAACAAAAAUAAUAUAACAUUAAGCUAAUAAAUCAAAUCUAAUAUGUAAUGCAAAUUAAAUAGGCAAAGUUUUUUUUAACAUACUUUUAAGUAGAAAGUUUCAAACUAACUUUACACACACAAAAGAUGACUCUUGAAGAAAAUUUAGCAAAGGUAGAACUUUUACCAGAAAAUUUCUCUGUGUGAUCAUUUAAUUGGAUUCGAUAUUUCUUACAAAAAAAAAAUUAAGAUUUUAAUUAUGCCCAUAAGAUACUUAAAAAAAUACUUAAAAUACUUAUGUACUUAUAAGUAUAUUAUACUUACGAACUUCACGACUUUGAACUUUAUUUUAUCUAAUGGUCGUCUAGAAUUUUUCCAAUCUGUAGUCCUACUUAUUCAAAGUGUAAUCAAAUAAAUUCCGAUUCCUCCGCAUAUCUUGUAUAAUGAUAUAACUCAUGUAUUUAUGUAGACAGAUAGUGUAUAAUAUGAUAGGUUUAAACCACUCAACGAAUUUUAUUGCUGAAUAAUCGUAAUAAUCUCAAUUAUUUAUUUCAAAGUCUUUAAAAAUAUAAGCAAGUACAGCAGAACUUUUUUUUUUUUUAUUAAUUUUCACAUUUUCUAUUUCAUACGUAAUUUCUCAUUUAAGAGAAACAAAUUGACAUUAAAUGCUCUCUCUCUCAUGAAAUCCUUAAUUUUUAAAACUGGUAAUCUUGCUGAUUAAAUUAAAAAAAGCUCUGCUGUGCUAUUUAAUGAUAAUAUAUUGUAAAUCGAUAUUGAAAGUAAUGUUCGAUAUUUCGAAAGUCCAGAUUAUUUUUUUACGUGACACAAAAAAUGAUAAAAGCUGUUUAUGAAUUACUGUGUAAAUAUAUAUGACAUGACACUUGAAUGUACAGACCCUUUCCAGUUGAGAUGACAAGUAGUAGCAAUGAACCUUUUCGAAAUGUCAUAUAUUACUUUCUGGAUUUAAUUAGGUAAUUAACAAGUUAAGUAGUCUUAUUGUAUACUAUAUAAUAUAAUUUAUAAAGUACUAAGUAUAAUAAAUGAAGACUUCGUUGAUCGAAGUUUGAUAAAUAUAAUUAUCAGACCAAAAUAUUUAGAUUUUUAAAAUUACAAUUUUAUCUUGUAACUUUUGGAACGAUCGUGAUUCAACAUGAUCGAUUGGAAUAUGGGACCUUCUGUUAUUCACUGGGUAUAAGGAAUAUAGUCAUGAAAACUUAUCCACACCACUUCUAUAAUAGCAUUAAAUUUUUCAUUGUUAUAAUAAUAAUAAAUAAAUAAAUAUAGUACCUGUAUUCAAUGGCGAUGUCUACUCAAUAUUAACCGUUCGUUAGACUGCUAGAGAAUAAUAUGUGAUAGGAACAUUUCAGUUGAAAAGUUCCUUUGCUGAGAAAAAAAAUUAUUUCAACUAAACAAAAAUCAGUUUUGUUUACUUCAAAUUCAUGCUUUUAUAGCUAUAUUAAUUUGAAUAAAUAAAUUAAAGUAAUUUUUGAA